CAGCUCAGCCAUGACAUUCCUCGGCAGGUUACAAUGGAACGACUCCUCCGUUCUAAUCCAUCCCCCCGGGUUCUACAUCAUCGGCUUCACCUCCCUGCCUUUUGCCAACCUCUACUUCAUCUUCCUCGCUUUCGUUUACGUGGUGUCAGUCGUGUUCAACACAUUUGUGAUCUAUAUAAUCAUGGUGGACCAUCGCCUCCACAAUCCCAAGUAUAUCGCGGUUGGUAACCUUGCGGUGGUUGAUCUGGUGCUGAAUACUUGCAUUAUUCCCGGUAUGCUAAAGGCGUUUCUUGCUAAGAACAAUUUUGUGCCGUUUAAUCUGUGUAUGGUACAGAUGUAUGUGUAUUAUUCCUUCAUAUCUAUGGAAUCGUUCUCCAUCGCCGUACUCGCCUAUGACCGUAUGAUCGCCAUAUGUUUUCCUCUGAGGCACGGCUCCAUCAACACCAUGACGAGUAUGUCGUGUAUUCUCGGUGUCAUCUGGUGCUUCUGUCUUGGUAUACAGAUAUUCAGUGCUGCAAUUAUGACCAGGCUGUCCUACUGCGAUUCCGUUAACGUCUACAGCUAUUUCUGUGAUUACGCACCAGUGUUUCGGCUGGCAUGUAACGACAACUCCCUGCAAUGGGCUGUGGCUUCAGUUCUGAGCCUGGUUAUCCUCCUCGGCCCACUGUCCUUCAUCAUUCUGUCAUACAUGAGUAUUCUAAUCGCUGUGUUCAGGAUGAAAAGCGUUGAGAGUCGUGUGAAAGCGCUGGCCACCUGCACUGAGCACCUCAUUCUAGUGGCAGUAUUCUUCUUUCCGGUUCUGACUAUUUUCAUGGUUGGGUUAUUAGCGCGCAUCAAACCAGACCCUGACCUGCGCGUACUGAGCCUGUCGCUGGCCUCGUGCAUCCCGCCCUGUCUCAACCCCAUCGUCUACUCUCUGAAAACUAAAGAGAUCAAGAGCAAAGUGCUCACCAUGUUCAGGAGAAUUAAAGUUCAAGUAGUUAACGAUUGAUCUUUACGCAUAGGUUGCUACAUAGGUUGCUACGUGCGUGCGCAGUGGUGGUUCUAACAUUUAAAACUAUAUAAAUAUAUACAUAUAUACAAAAAUAAGACUCAGAAAUAUACAAAAUAAUUAACAAAGAAAAAUAGAAACAAAUGUGUUGAUUUGGCACUCAAGCAUC